UUUACUUCCUCUUCUAUCGGACUUUUGAUGAUGAGGUAAUAGUUCUUCAUUGCUCUGUGUUUCUUGUGUAUCACUCCGCCAGAAAAGUAGAGACCUGUGUAUGUGUUUCAUGUUUCCAACAAAGGUAUCACUCCGCCAGAAAAGUAGAGACCUGUGUAUGUGUUUCAUGUUUCCAACAAAGGUGGCCAAAAAAAGGAUGAAACGACGGAAUGGUGGAGUGUCUCCUACUUAUAAAAAAACUACACAAUGCAGAAUAAGACUCACUACACAAGGACACAACUUCUUGUCUGAGUGGUGGCCUAUGCCACUUGAGGUCAUCAUAGUUUUGGCUCACUGGCAGCCAAGGACUUCAGAGACCUCGGCAUGGAUGGGAUGACAGCAUGCAGACAAGACAGAGACUUCAAGGAUCUCAACGAAGAUAAGAUGACAACACGCAGACGAACUCGGCGACAAGGUGUCCGUCCUGCAUCCAGGGAGAACAAACCCCGACCCGACCCGACCCGCCACACGUGACAGAACAUACUGGACAACUUGUCUUUUAUCAACGCUGACAAAAGCUGACAGAUUGGAAGCAAUCAACUAUCAAGAUGCAGCAGACUUCCACUUCUAUGAGAUGACUUGUUGAGGGAUGGGCUUUCAAAGAAAUGUUCUGCAGAGGAAAAGGUGAAGCUUUACUAUGGUUCAGAGCGGUCAAGCGAACAUGGAUCCUGACCGAAUGUCAACCGGCAGUUUUCGGUGAGAAAAUUGUUGUAAAAAGUCGCCUCUUACCGGAGAUCAACUGCCGUCGACUUCCCAGAGACACUGGCCUCAAGACACCCGUGGACACACACCUCCGACUAUCAGGUGAAGCUUUACUAUGGAUCAGAGCGGUCAAGCGAACAUGGAUCCCGACCACUUGUCAACCGGCAGUUUUCGGUGAGAAAAUUGUGGUAAAAAGUCGCCACUUACCGGAGAUCAACUGCCGUCGACUUCCCAGAGACACUGGCCUCAAGACACCCGUGGACACACCCCUCCGACUAUCAGGUGAAGCUUUACUAUGGAUCAGAGCGGUCAAGCCAACAUGGAUCCCGACCACAUGUCAACCGGCAGUUUUCGGUGAGAAAAUUGUGGUAAAAAGUCGCCACUUACCGGAGAUCAACUGCCGUCGACUUCCCAGAGACACUGGCCUCAAGACACCCGUGGACACACACCUCCGACUAUCAGGUAAAGCUUUACUAUGGAUCAGAGCGGUCAAGCGAACAUGGAUCCCGACCACAUGUCAACCGGCAGUUUUCGGUGAGAAAAUUGUGGUAAAAAGUCGCCUCUUACCGGAGAUCAACUGCCGUCGACUUCCCAGAGACACUGGCGUCAAGACACCCGUGGACACACCCCUCCGACUAUCAGUGAAUCAAGCCAUGACAAACAGGAGCACGGCGCACAUUCCAACUGAAAGGGUCGCCAUACCAACCCGCUCCAUGUUCCUGUUCAGCCGGACUAACGCAGAUGAUGAGCUGUGUAAACAACGGAGCUGAUCCCAGAUAUCCUUUUGUCCUGAAACAAUAUUUGAAAAUUGGGGGACAAUGGACCGCCGCCGUCCUGGGUCAUCGGACACAGCGUACACUGGCGACCAAAAUUCCUUACAACAGGAAGAACCGGAGCUGUACGCCGAGGAAAGUCUCUUGCUGUCGUCUCUCGGGUUCAGUGGACCACCCAGGAAGGACAUGUUUUGAGCAGUGGGUGUGGCCGUCUGCUUCUGUACUGAGCGAGUAAAAACUCAGCUGGCAACUACAGGACCACUUGCCAACCAUCCCGGAUUUUCCAGGAGACUCCCGAAAUUCAGCGCCUCUCCCGAAAACCUCCCGGGACAAAUUUUCUCCCGCAAAUCUCCCGAAAUUCAGGCAGAGCUGGAGGCCACACCCCCUCCAGCUCCAUGCGGACCUGAGU